AUGUCGCCAAAGCCAACAUCUUCAGCAACGACAGAAGUAUGGGUUAACACAAAAGUCUGUGUAAAGUUUCCAUUCGAACCAUAUGAAUGUCAACGAAUUUUCAUGAAAAAUGUAGUUGAUGUUCUGGAUCGGAAACUGGACGCAGCUCUUGAAAGUCCCACCGGAACCGGAAAAACUUUGUCUCUUCUCUGUUCAACUCUGGCUUGGGUACAAAAGCAAAAGGAAAUCAAGCCAUUAGAUUUUUCUACUUGGCAAUCAUCCGGAGCUGGAGGAGCCGAGAAAACAGAAGAGAAGCUGAAAAAUUCAUUUAUUCCAACCAUCUUUUACGCAUCAAGAACUCAUUCACAGCUGGAACAAGUUGUUCACGAAUUGAAUAGAACUGAAUACAAAUGGGUCAAAACGACAAUUCUCGGAUCUCGUGAACACUUUUGCAUCAAUCAGAAAGUGAAGAAAAUCAAAGAAUCUAAUCGGCAAUCUCAUGUGUGCCGGGGAUUAGUCUCGAAACGAGCAUGUCAUUACUACAACAAAUUUGAUGCAAUGACCACUGACAAGAUGAAUGAAGUUUUAGACAAAGGGGAGGCUAUGGAUAUUGAAGAUUUCGUGAAACUUGGAACACAAAAUUCGCUCUGUCCAUAUUUUAUGUCUCGACAACGAUCUGAAACAGCUGAGCUUAUUCUUCUUCCUUAUAACUAUAUCAUCGAUCCAAAAAUGAGAAGACGAUAUAAAUUAGACUUAAAGAAUUCAAUUGUGAUUUUCGACGAAGCUCACAAUUUGGAAUCAAUAUGUGAAUCGAAUGCGUCUGCUGAACUUUCAUCAACCAAUAUUGCGUUGUGCAUUGAGGAGUUGAAAAAAGUGUUGGCAUUGUUGGUAGAUGAAGAGGAGACCGCCCGAGCUGAAGCUGAUAUGGAUACAGAAGCUUUCGGAAAUCAGAAGAUUGAUUUGACGAAAAAGUUAAUCGAGAACUUAAGAACAGAAGAUUUAAUGGCAGUUCUUGAGAAAGUUUUCUUAUUAGAAGAAGAGUUGGAUAAACUAUACGAAUCGAACCUGCUUAAGCCCGUUCCACCAUUGGAUGGAAAAGCCAGCGACGGAGAAAUUCUUCUGGAAACUCUCGCAAAGUCAGGAUUCGAUGGAAAUUCAGUUGAACGACUGGUAGAUAUUCUCCGUGAUGCCAUUUCGUAUUUAUUGUCGAAAAAUGAAGAAGUGGCACUGACAGAGAAAGGCGAUGGAAUGGAAAGAGUUGCUGACUUUCUGCUUUCUAUUUUUUCGACUCAUGCUCAAGAAGUUGCAGCUUCGGUUGGAGAUGAAAGCAUCAAGGUACAGUGUGCAUAA